CAGUGACUGACUGAGCCUUAUCAGCGCUAGCAGAGCAGUAUGGAUGCUCUGGUUGUGAUGCUACAUUUAAAGCCUUGCUAGACAGCUAGUUAUUCACCUGAUUCAAGUAAGUGACUCUACCCGAAUGUGCCAGUGAUAUACAAAGAGUGGUCCGCAUUUGGUUUGUUUGUAUGACGCGGAAUGAGUUGCUACGGCUAACGUUAGCCUGUUAUCUAGCUAAGAACCGAAGGACAGCCGCCAAUAAACACUAAAGAAGAAGAAGAAGAAGAAGGCUCGAAAUGGGGAAAGGCUGUAAAGUUGUGGUGUGUGGCCAGGCAGCAGUUGGAAAAACUGCCAUACUGGAACAGUUGCUGUACGGAAAUCACACUGUAGGCUCUGAGUCCAGUGAGACCCAGGAGGAUGUGUAUGUGGCCUCAGUGGAAACUGACCGCGGUGUGAAGGAACAGCUGAGGCUUUAUGACACCAAAGGCCUCCACGAUGGACAAGACCUCCCCAAACACUACUACUCAGUGGCAGACGGCUUUGUGCUCAUCUACAGCGUUGACAGCUUGGAGUCUUUCAAGAAGGUGGACAUUCUGAAGAAGGAAAUAGACAAGUCCAGAGAUAAAAAAGAGGUGACCGUCAUAGUGCUGGGGAAUAAGACGGACUUGCGAGAGUGUCGUCAGGUGGACCAGGAGGUGGCGCAGCAGUGGGCGCGAGGCGAGAAGGUGAAGCUGUGGGAGGUGAGCGUCACCGAACGCAACUCCCUCAUCGAACCCUUCACGCAGCUGACCAGUCGCCUCACACAACCCCAGAGCAAGUCCGCCUUCCCUCUGCCGGGACGCAAGAGCAAAGGCACCCCGUCCAAUGACAUCUGAAGAUCCCCUCACUAACCUGUGCUCCUGUUAGUAGGCUGCAUUCACCUCAUGUGGGAAUAACGAGCAGGACAAAGUGGACAGGCCUUUAGUUCAGCAGCAUGACUGUUGAGGUCCGAGGUGUUGCUAUUCCUAUUUGUGAGCUUUGGGCAGAGUAAGGCUAGCUGUUUCUCUGCUUCCGGUCUUUAUGUUAACCUAGCCCAAACACAUCCCGACUCCAGCUCUGUAGUGAACACACAGACGUGAGAUUGAUGGUGCCAAAGAAAGCAAAUACGCAUAUUUAAUGUUUAACUAAUCCAAUGAGGAUGCAGGCUGUAGUGUCAACACGAAGCCUAACAGAAGUGUGAACCACAAACCAAAUCCACAUCUGUAACAUCUCCUCUCUGUACAGUGUGCUGGCAAUCCUUUUUUAUCAUGGGAACACCGCCUUUAAAAACUUAGCAUGUACAAGCACUUUAGUACCAAAGAUUUGAGACAACCAAAACACAGAUAUGGUGGAUUCACACUUUUGGAUUGUGAUUGGGAGUUGCGCUCUAUGUUCACUGUCCUUUUCAACUGAAAUGUAUAUACCAUUCAAACUUAAAGGAUACUUCAGAUUUUUUUGAAGUCUAUCUUAUGUUAGUACAAUUCUCACAUGCAGAUUUAAAGAGUUAUCGGUAGCUAUGGCGAUUUCCUCGUCUCUAUCCCAGGAACUACUACGAUGAUAAAAGUGAGGGACUAAACCGUCAAAUCCACUGAUAAGCUUGUCAGUUUCUCUCAGCUUACAUUGGAUUUGUGCCAGGAGGGGGGAUUGUACAAAAACAGAUCUGAAACUGUCCUUCAAGCUCUGGCACCAAACCCUUGACUUUAUGUAAAUGCUGCAGUGUUAUCAAACAGGAAUCUUGUACCUGUAAUGUUAUUCCCCAUCUGAAGUGAAUGCAGCACGAGUCCUUGUCCUCUGGCAGGACUCAGCUAGCCUUCGUCCAGUCCACCUCACAUAUUAAGUAUGGCCUGGCAGCAAUAAUACUCAUGGGUACUGCCUUUACUUUUUUGUCAUGUCUGUACAGCGUUAGUUGCACUCCUGUGUCGUCCAGCCCGUGUAAUCCUUUCUAACAGUAGAAAUGAAAUAUUUAUUUUGUAACUAAUUUAUUUUUGUCACUUUAUUGAGCCACAUUCCUUGACUUUUGAAAAUGGUGAAACAAUGUGAAAGAUAAUCUGCGCUGGUUUCUGGUGUCCUUAAUGUUUCAAAGUAAUAACAUUUAAUGUGCUGCUAGUAGAACAGAGUUAGUGAGAUCAACACUUGCACUCUGUAAUCACGCUAACCCUAAGUUAUUCUCUGCAGCUCUGUUUCAAGAUGCACUGAAUAAAAUGUAGCCUCUUCAUAUUUAAUCCUCUCAAAGUGUCGGUGGUGGUUCCUGGGGAUGAUCACAAAAAUGAUGCAAAUGAUCAGACUAAGUCAGAUUCCUCAGUUGGUCAUGUUUAAUUCUUCAGGAUUCAUCAGAAACAGAACAGCUUUUUAUCAGUACAGAACACAAAUCACAUCCAAUAUCCAUCCCUGACUAAACAUGUCUACCUGUGUGAAACGCCUUUCCAAAGACCAGGAGUUUGGAGGGGGAGCCAACACCAAUGGGAACUUAAUACAUGUGAGAAUUUACGCUGACAAAAUUGACUGGGAAUCAUGCUGUGACACAGUUCAGUCUAGCAGUAUUAACAUCCACCUUCAAGCACAAGCUAAAAGUCCAAAGAGAUAACACUGAAUGCCUUAUUGCCAGAUUUGAUUAUAGCUGGGCUGGAGAAAAAAAAAAA